AGAACAACAUACCAGUUUAUGACAGUUUCACAGCUCAAAUUUAAAAUUUGAAUAAGUUUCCUUAACAUAAGGUCAUUUAAUUCAUAAAAUGCAGGCAAAUAAGACAGGUAUUACUUUGAAAGGUUCCACACAAAUGGUGACUGAAUUUUUCGGGUUUGGACUGAAUAGUAUUCUUUAUCAAAGAGGGGUAUAUCCAGAUGACAUGUUUACCAGAAAGGAGGCUUAUGGCCUAUCAAUUUUGGUAACAAGUGAUCCAAAAUUAGAACAAUUUCUGAAGACUGUUUUGGACCAAGUCCGAGAAUGGCUUUUGAAAAAAGUUAUAAAAAAGCUUGUUCUGGUUAUGAAAAAUGUCAAAACCGAAGAAAUUGUAGAGAGAUGGGUGUUUAAUAUAGAUUGCGAAAAACAAGUGGACAGUGAAAAUACGAAUAGUAAAAAGGAAUUGAAAGAUAUUCAAAAUGAGAUAAGAGCCGUUUUAAGACAAAUUAUUGCAUCAGUAACAUUCUUACCUGCUUUGGAAGAUACUUGUACUAUCGACGUUCAAGUUUACACCGACAAAGACGAGGAAACCCCAUCUUGCUGUUAUGAGAGCAGCGCUCUUCUGAUAAAAGAUGCAGAACAAGUAAAAUUUAAAUCGUUUUCAACCACAGUUCAUAAAGUUCAAGGAAUGGUUGAAUAUAAAGUAAAAGAUGACGAAUAG